AAGAGGAAGAGGGGAGGGCUGGGAGAGAGUGCACAUUAUCUUUUUUGUCUUUUCUUUGAAAAGCUGGAACAGGUGCUUCUAAGAUUUAUGGUCAGAUUUUGUGUGUAAUAGUCUUCUAAUUACUGCCGUUUCUUUUCAUAAACAUUUUUGGAGAUGCUAUGAGAAAGGAAAAGAUGGAACUUGAAGAGACGGAGGCUGAUAUAUCACCUUCCUGGUCUCCUGUAUCUAGAGACAGGCUCCUCACGUGCGCCAACCUGUCAGAUUUUGCAGGGAAAAAAAGAAAACAAGACCCAAGUAGCGAUGCUGAGCUUUCAGCCCGAAUCUUGGAGGACUGUGAAGACGAUGACUUUCCCAUCAGUGACCACAUACAAGAUUCAGAGGGUCCAUGUAACAAAAGAGUCAAGCCGGUAGAUAAAAGUGCUUCGGUCACUGGUAUCAUAACGCCGGUGAAGACCCCAGCUUUGAAACGCUUGGGCCAGUCUAUACAGCGUUCUAUCAGUUUCCGGACAGAGGCCCGGCCGUUGCCCCCAAUGCCAAUAAGAACACGUCAGAAGGCCUCUUCAUUUCCACGCCGGCGGAGCAGCCAGCUGUGGAGCGAUACAGUCGACAGCAUGAGCCACGAGCUCAGUACCAAAGAGAUCAAACGACAAGAGGUAAUCUAUGAGUUAACCCAGGGCGAGAAACAGCUCAUUGAGGAUCUAAGUCUAGUUAAAAAGGUGUACUAUGAGCCAAUGCUGAAAUUGGACAUCAUGACAGAAAGUGAGCUGGGACAGAUUUUUGGCACCCUUGAUUCUUUAAUACCCCUUCAUGAAGAUCUUUUAGCUCGUCUUGAAGGUCUUCGUGGAGCAGAGAAGACUGUGCAAGAAGUCGGCCCCACUAUGAUGGACUGGUUUCCAUGUCUGGAGGCAUACAUCACAUACUGCUGUAACCAGGUUGGAGCAAAAGCUCUGCUCGAUCAAAAGAAGCAGGACAGACGGGUCGAGCAUUUCCUGCGGCUGUGCCAGGAGUCGUCCUUCAGCAGAAAGCUAGACUUGUGGAAUUUUCUAGACUUGCCUCGCAGCAGGCUGGUGAAAUACCCUCUGCUGCUGAAGGAGAUUCAGAAGAGCACUCCACCUGAGCAUCCAGAUGAGGAAGCACUGCCACAUGCGAUGGAACUAAUCCAAAGGAUUAUAACAGAAGUCAAUCUUAAAACUGGAGAGGCUGAGUGUCAGUUUUACAGACGGGGUCUGUGCUACUCAGAAGACAGUCAGAGGGUUCCAGAAAUCCAGGCAUCUCGUUUUUUAUACUGCCACGGUGAACUGAAGAGCACUAAAGGACAGAAGCUGCACGUGUUCCUGUUUGAGCUGGUAUUGGUUUUGACCCGACCAAUGGCACAGGAUAGGGAAGGACCAGUCCAAUUCCAGGUGUACCGUCAGCCCCUCCCAGCUGCUCACCUCCAUCUGGAGGACCUGCCUGAUGGGGAACCAAGCAGCUCUGGAUCCUUUCGUGGGGCUUUUACGGGCAAUGACAAAGUGAAGAACUGCUUUCGUGUGAGUGCCACAGGGCGUUCUAAGUCUCAAUCCCACAGCCUGCAGGCUAAUGACUCCUUCAAUAAGCAGCAAUGGAUUUCAUGUCUGCGCCAAGCAAUGGUCCAGUCACGAGACAGACAGGCUCAAAGCAGCCACUGCAAACCCUCUGAGCGUUUAAGCCCUGACCCUGCGCUCUAUAACAACAUCGCUGAACUCAACCUUAACUCUGAUGUGGAGAUGCCAGACACAUAGACCACGUCCACCGGUGCUUUCCCGUUCAAAGGUUCAUUCACGAACACAGAACUUCACCGUUACUGUGACAGCUGACUUUCUCAGGACGAAUGAGAUCACACAGUUGCUGUCUUACACCCUUUCUAGAAACUGUGAGAAUAACGUCAUGUAGCUAUAUUUGUAUACUCCACAUGUGGAUGGUUGUUGCUGUCAGAUGUCUCAGAUGGAGAAUAUUUCAUUAGGCUUAUGCUUUUUGCUUGUUUUUUCAUUCAUAGAGAAUGCUGUGUCUUAUUUGUUAAAUAUAUGUUAGGCUAUAGGUCAUAAGAACCAUCUCUUCAUCAUUUUUUUUACAACUUUUUAUUGCACACCAUUUCUAUCUCACGUAAUUAAUAAACAAUAACAUUUGUGCAAUCUGAAUGGCACCUAAUCUUAGAUGAAGCCAGGAUUUUUGUCAUUGCAUUUUGGUAGCAUCAGUUUCAAGUCUUUCAUUAAUAUAACCUGAAUAUGAGAGCCUAAAUGCUUAUUUUCUGAUAGAAAUCAGUGGGUUUCAAAAAUCAUUCCGACAAGUCAGGCGAACAGCUUCUUUCUAACACUCUCCUCAAGUGUGUAAGUUUGGAGAGUGUGUGUGAAAUUCUGUCUAAAAAGUCAGAUUGCUUUACUGCAGCAAUAAAUGCAAGUGUACAUCAAUCCACUGUUAUUGUGACAGUCAUAUAUUUACGAGAGUAAAUUCCAUUCAUUUAAUUAUAGGGGGCCCUAGAAAAAAAAAAUCUAUAUACGGGUGCAUUAUAGGAAUUCUGUGGCACUUCUAUGCCAGGAGGUAUUCGUUCCCUUUUUCAUUUCAGUGCAUAAUUGUUUCCGUUUUGUUUUCAAUAAACUGACAACUUCCAUAAAA